AUGGUCAAUUAUGGCGGUGAUGAAGUCUCCGCGUUAGUCCUCGACUUUGGUACAUCCUCCCUCCGGGCUGGGUAUGCGGGCGACGAUACCCCCAAGGCCAUCAUACCGACUUCCUUUGGCUUCAUUGAAGAGCCCGCAGAGGUGAAUGGGGGAGAUGUAACGAUGGGAGAGGCCGGCGCAACGGAGGGUGAGCAACCGCAAGCAAGCAAACCCAAGGUCAAGCUAUAUAUUGGGCAGAACGGACCUUCUCUAUGGCGGAGCGGGAUGCAGAUAGGGAACCCUAUGCAAGAUAGCCUCAUCCAGAACUUCGACGCUAUUCCGCCACUCAUCAGCCACGCCCUCUCCGAAGUCAUGCGUUGCAACGCUUCAGAGCACCCGGUCCUCGUCACUGAAGCUGCCUGGAAUUCACCCGCAAACCGGGAGCGUAUGGCGGAGAUUAUGUUUGAGGAGUUCCAAGUACCUGCGUUCUACAUUGCGAACACGGGCGUGCUCAACGCUUUUGCCGCUGGAAAGGGCUCAGCACUCGUAAUUGACGUCGGGCACUCAACAGCGAGCGUUGUUCCCGUAGUCGACGGGUUCGUCCUGAGGAAAGGUCUCAUGCACUGCGCUCUGCCACAGCUCGUGCAUGCGCACGCGAAGCACCUGCUUACGAGUCCCACACCGACGCGACAAGGCAUUCAGCUCAUCCCGCACCAACUCAUCGCCAGCCGCACACCAGUAGAUGCCGGUGUCCCGCCCAGAUUCACGCUUCGUGAGGACAGGCGAGCAGGCACGACCGACAGCUGGCGCGCCUGGGCCGAGAACCGCGAGGUUGAGGAGUGGAUUCAGAGCAUCGGCGGCGUCCUCCCGCAAGGCUGGAAUGACUCCGCAGCGACUAGCCAGGGUUCGCGCCACUACGAGUUCCCGACCGGGUACAACAACUACUUCACGGGCGUCGAGCGCUACGCCGUUGGCGAGCAGUACUUCGCGCAUUCUGCGCAGCUCAUGGCGUCGAACCCGAACCUCCCUAAGACAAUCCCCUCGUUGGUCACGAGCUCGAUUGGCCAGUGCGACCUCGACCUACGUCAAGUCCUUUUGGGUAACGUCGUGCUAACUGGAGGCGGGAGCCUCUUCGCUGGCUUCGCGGACCGCCUUGCGAACGAUAUGGGGAGGGCCUUCCAACACGUCAAAAUUCAUGCGCCUGGCAACCCUACCGAGCGACGGUACGGUGGCUGGCUCGGGGGAAGCAUCCUGGCCAGUCUGGGCACAUUCCACCAGCUGUGGAUUAGCAAGGAGGAGUGGCAGGAGCACGGAAGGGCGAUCGUUGGCCAGCGGUGUAAGUAG